UUCUAUAACAGCUGUCAAUGAACUAAGCAUAGACCGGACAAUAACUACUUGAGCUCAGGAUGGUAGCUUCACUUUACAGCGUGAACAUUGUGCAAGUACUGUAUGUUUCUAUCCUCUUCUAUGCAUUAAUCAACGUGGUAUUAGGGCAAACAUUUGCUUCGCCACCUCCCGACGGUGGCGAUAAAGUUGUCGCGGGAAGUUGGGAACAUCUCUGCGCAAAGGACGACGCGGAUAUGCAAAGACUCUACGAAGACAACUUAGAACAAGACUUGUACCACUGGCGGCAACGGCUUAAGGGGAACAAACUGAACUCCAGUCAUUUGCUGGACCUAUUCGAUAGUUAUGGAAUGGACCGGAAGGCCAACGGAGCUGCACAAUACGUCAGCUCCCAGCACAACGUGGUACUCAUCAAGGACAACCGCUGGUAUACACCCUUUCGACCUUUCGAGUUCAACACGAACUGUUCUCAAGGCGAGACGUGGUGCGAUCUGCGUAUGGAGUGGGCGCAGUGGUCUUUUGAGCGCUGGACCCGGAAGCUCAACCUGACCUUUCCCGACGUCAUCUUUUACCACGACAUUGGGGAUGCAGGGGGAUGCGGGGGAAAGCCUUGCGCAGCGCCUAUGUUUGCAUACUUCCGGCAGCGCAACGAGAUGGGUUUCAAGACGAAGGAAAUGGUCAAGCAAGGGGACAGUACCAUCCUCAUGCCUAGUCUCUAUAUCGAUCUGGCACGUGAUGCCGUACAAGGACAAAUCCACCUCUACUCGCUGUACUUUUACCCCUGGGAGAAGAAGAUCAACAAAGCCGUCUUCCGGGGAUCUGGAUGGUGUCCAGCGUGGCAUACCAACAGGUUUACCCGAUGCCCUCGAUGGCAUAUGGCGAACCAGAGUGCCUUUAAUGGCUACAACCACAGCCUUGAUGUCGGGAUCAACGGUUGGGUUGGGCCUCCUUUGCCUCCUAUCGAUGCCCUUCCUCUCCCCGACCACGCGAAAUAUAAAUACGUGCUAUCCCUGGAUGGUGUUUCCGCGUCAAACCGGUUUGCCAAGCUCCUAGGCGUGAACUCUGUGGUCCUGAAGGAAGAUUCGCCGUACAUUGGACAUUUCUACAGAUCCGUCCAUCCGUAUGAGCACUACCUGCCCAUCUUCCAACGAGGGCUGGACGACUGGAUGGACGUUUUUGAAACAUACAACGAUCGAGACGAGGAGCUGCAACGCAUUACCAACAAUGCACAGCGCUUUGCGGCAAAGUACCUCUGCGACCGAGCAAUCGCGCUUUACUUUCGUCGAGCUCUGGAGCAGUAUAAAGAGCUGUUUAGUGACAUGCAGGAAUUUAUCGACGAAUCGGUCUGGCCGCUGGUGCAGGAGAAGGAAAAGCUAAACAUUGACAUAAAACAGCACCUGGGUCGCCGUCGGCGGCGGGCUACUUUACAGGAGGGUCAUCGAGGCAAAUCCAAGCGGCGGACCUAAGUGUGUUUGCCGUCGCCCGCCAUUUUAUCGUACACGCAUACACUAAUUGUGCAUGUUGUUUACAGCUAGGGAGACCUAGGGAGGCAUGAACGUGCGGGGAGUUUAAGAUGCAGCUGCAUGCUUGUGUGUCACGAACGAGCAGUGCCGGCGUGACAUUGCCGUGUGACGAGUUAUGACUUGUGUGCAUAGCUCCUUGACAAGAGUGUUUGAUGCAUGGCACUUCCAUUGGUUGGGUAUUUUGCAGGGUUCUUGUUGGGUGGGUGCGGGUGUAGGUGUGCAGGUCAGGGGUACUUGUAGGGAGCAUGAUGGGGUCUAGGACAUUCUGCGGAAUGCAUCGCAGUAGAUGAUUGCAUCUGGAUGGGUUACUGGUACUUGGAGGAGGAGUAUGGACACUAUGUAUAUAGGAGGAGCUAGAAGCAGGCGAAGUUUUGGAACUGGAAGUAAAAGGAGGACUGUACUUCCUGUCGCGCAUACGGAUUGUACUCUAGCGUUGCGUACGUGGUACAUGCAUACCUUGCUGUUAGCAUACAUGUGUUGGGUCCUGGGACGGUUGACUCGUCCUCAUCGUGCGAGGUUGGGAGCGCCAGCAGACUCACUGGUGUGCUUCAAAAACACAGGUACGGUUACUCUGGGAUUUUGGAGCACACUUGCGUGUUUUGGGAGGCGGGUUGGUAAGAGAAAGCUGCCUUGCGCUCAGGCAAAUCCCACCCAUGGCUCACGGGACGUACACGGCCGGUGUCCUUCUUUGAGGGGUGCGUAUACCGCAUUGCCCAAAAUUUAAUGGGCAUGCGUUUGGAGGCCUAUUUUCCAGCCCCAUUUGACAAAGCGAUAAUAAUUUUUUGCCCCAUUUGACUUCCUGAUGGUGAAUUUCUAGCCCCAUUUGACAUGCGCCAAAACGCCCCAAAGGCCGCCGUAAGUCUUGGAUGUAACAUGGUAAGGAAAGGA